AUGGUCGCAUUGUUGCGCAUCAGAAGAAUCAUCACCUGCAACACCGCACGCGGAUUCCCCCUCUCUCAUCACCCUUCUCUCAAACCCAAACUUCUCUCAACACUACCACUCCAACUCCAACUCCAACCGAUAGAAUGGGAACCCCUCACUAAAUCCCAGCUCAAGACACUCGUUCUCAACCACUACACCCAUGGUAACUUCACCAACCUCAUCCAAAACGUCGUCGCUUCACCCCCUGUCCUCUUCACAGCAUGCCAGAAUCUCGCAGCCGCCCCCUUUCGCCCGGCUUCGCUCCCGGACCGCUUCAGCAUCGAGACCACGUCCAGGGAGCUCCGCGAAAACCGCUUCGACGUGGAAGCAUGCUGCGUCACACUAACGCCCUCCAGUGAAACCACUUCUUCGCCUUUGGUUUUACCCAAUUUGAAGCUGAAGGUCGUGAUUGAAGCCAUUCGGAUGGUGUUGGAAAUCGUGUACGACGAACGCUUCGUUACGUUUUGCUACGGUGGCCGCGUCGGAAUGGGACGACACACCGCCAUAAGGUACUUAAAAAACUCCGUUGAGAACCCUAGUUGGUGGUUCGCCGUGAGGUUUAAGCCUCAUAGGUUUGAACAUUUCCAUGUGGAGAAGCUGUGUUCUGUUAUUGAACGCAAAGUGAAGGAUGCCGUUUUCAUUGAUUUUAUAAAGAGGCUGUUUCAAUGUAAGGCUUUGGUGAUUGAAUUGGGUGGGGAUUGGUUGGGAAGGGGGCUUCCUCAGGAAUGUGGGUUGUGCACUGUUUUAAUGAAUGUUUACUUUGAUGGCUUUGAUAAAGAGAUUCAAGAGAUGCGACUGCGGGAGAAUCGAGAGAAUCGGGAAUUGGAUCCGAAGAUGAUCGGUUCAGGUUUGGAUUCUGAUGUGUUUUACAAGCCAGUGAAGGUGUAUGCGGUUAGGUACUUGGAUGAGAUACUUGUUGCUACGUCAGGGUCGAAGAUGAUGGCCAUGGAGUUGAGGACAGGAGUUGUCAAGAGUUUGGAACUUGGUUUGGGUUUACGUGUUGAUAAGGUGAAUACUGCAAUUCAUAGCGCAGUGUCGGAGAAGAUUGAAUUUCUGGGGAUGGAGUUGCAAGCUGUUCGACCUUCAGUUUUGCGCCCACCCAUGUCGGAGAAAGCAAUCAGGGCACGGAAGAAGUUCCUCAGGCAGAAGGAAGUUAGGGCUCUUGAAUUGAGAAAUGCUAGGGCAAGGAACAGAAGGAAAUUGGGGUUGAAGAUAUUUAGUCAUGUUUAUAAAAAGAUCAAGCAGAGUGACGGAUUUAAAUUUGACUAUAAUAUUGAAGAUCAGGUCCAAAAAAUUUUCAGAUCUUGGGCUGAUGAAGUAGUGCAAGAGUUCUUGGGAAAUAUAGACGAGUGUCAAGAAUGGCAUCGGAGUCUAUCAGCUGGUGAUUUUCUUCAGUUGAGACACAUUAGAAAUCAAUUACCACCUGAGCUUAUUGAUGCUUAUGAUAAGUUCCAGGAGCAGGUAGAUAAACAUCUGAAUCCUAUAAAAGCUAGGAAGGCAAUUGAGGAAGAAGAAAGAAGAGUAAAGGAAGAAGAGGAACAAAGUUAUUCCAAAGGAACAGUUGCGGAUUUGACAAGACUCUGUUUGAAAGUUGAGGCACCAGAAAUAGUGAUAAGAAAGGCUGUGAAGUUGGUUGGGUUUACAAAUCAUAUGGGUCGUCCCAGGCCAAUUGAAUUUCUUGUUGCACUUGAGGAUGCCGAUAUUAUCAAGUGGUAUGCUGGCAUAGCAAGAAGGUGGCUUGAUUAUUUCUGCUGUUGUCACAACUUCAAGAUGGUCAAAACUAUUGUAACUUAUCAUUUGAGGUUCUCUUGUAUAUUGACAUUAGCAGAGAAGCAUGAAUCCACCAAGUCUGAAGUGAUAAAACAUUUUAGCAAAGAUUUGAAGGUCUAUGAUAUGAAUGGAAAUCAUGAAGUGCAUUUUCCUACAGAAAGAGAGGUUAAGAUGAUGGGAGAUAGAAAUCUUUCUGAUCCAAAACCAGUAGAUGGGACUUUGUUUUUGGCAGUAGUAAGGUUGGCAUCCAAUGAACCUCCAUCACGAUGCAUUGCCCAUUUCUGUGACAAGACAACCACAGUCUUUUAUCGGGUCCAUUUACUGCACAACAGAUUAAAUGUGAACCCAUUAGAUAAAGAAAAAUGGGUGCAAGGGAUGGGUCUAAUUCAUGAAAGCCUAAACCAUAAAUGUCUCCCUCUCUGUACUGAUCAUGUAAAUGAUUUGUACAUGGGGAGACUCACACUUCAAGACAUUGACUUUCCUUAUUGUGUGGAUGUGGACUGA